GAGGCCACAACACACAGAGAUGGAGAAGCUCUAAACUUACCACUGAAGUAAAGCAGGCACUUAAAGUUUAUCCCAAACAAAACUGUAAUUUUAACUGGUCCCCGAGUUGAGCCUCACUCGAUGAAUGACUUCCAGGGCCUUUGGCUCUUUGGGACUAAACGAGAAAAUUAUUUUUAGCACAACUAUUUGGAAAUCUUUGAGAACUUGGAUCUGUUAUUCUGUCUGGUACCAAAGCAAGUUUUUCACUGAGCUCUCAUGAAAGAUCCUCAGUCUCUUGUGGAUUUAGAAUCCUGCAGCAGCCCACCAUCUAAGAGCAAGAGCCAAAGAUGUUUGUCUUGCUCUAUGUUACAAGUUUUGCCAUUUGUGCCAGUGGACAACCCCGGGGUAAUCAGUUGAAAGGAGAGAACUACUCCCCCAGGUAUAUCUGCAGCAUUCCUGGCUUGCCUGGACCUCCAGGGCCCCCUGGAGCAAAUGGUUCCCCUGGUCCCCAUGGUCGCAUCGGCCUUCCAGGAAGAGAUGGUAGAGACGGCAGGAAAGGAGAGAAAGGUGAAAAGGGAACUGCAGGUUUGAGAGGUAAGACUGGACCACUAGGUCUUGCCGGUGAGAAAGGGGACCAAGGAGAGACUGGGAAGAAAGGACCCAUGGGACCAGAGGGAGAGAAAGGAGAAAUAGGUCCAGUUGGUCCUCCUGGACCAAAGGGAGACAGAGGAGAACAAGGGGACCCAGGGCUGCCUGGAGUUUGCAGAUGUGGAAGCAUUGUGCUCAAAUCCGCCUUUUCUGUUGGCAUCACAACCAGCUACCCAGAAGAAAGACUACCUAUUAUAUUUAACAAGGUCCUCUUCAAUGAGGGAGAGCACUACAACCCUGCCACAGGGAAGUUCAUCUGUGCUUUCCCAGGGAUCUAUUACUUUUCUUAUGAUAUCACAUUGGCUAAUAAGCAUCUGGCAAUUGGACUGGUACACAAUGGGCAGUACCGGAUAAAGACCUUCGAUGCCAACACAGGAAACCAUGAUGUGGCUUCGGGGUCUACAGUCAUCUAUCUGCAGCCAGAAGAUGAAGUCUGGCUGGAGAUCUUCUUCACAGACCAGAACGGCCUCUUCUCAGACCCAGGUUGGGCAGACAGCUUAUUCUCCGGGUUCCUCUUAUACGUUGACACGGAUUAUCUAGAUUCCAUAUCAGAAGAUGACGAAUUAUGAUCAGUACCAAGAUCCCUGUGGUAGACACUCUGAUUGAAUCUGGGGUUCCAGGAGGUGGAACAAGUAGGAAUGGGAUCCAAAGAGACUCCCACUCAGAUUCUAAAGCCUUUAAAGACAAUUCCAGCAGAAUUUAUCAAAACAAGAUGAAACACAGAAAAAUUGAAACCACAACAAAAUGAAUUCUAUUAAAGAAUAGCCCCAGAUAUAAAUUCUUUUGAAAGCAAUGUUCAUAAAUAUUUAAGCAAAUUAAAGACAAUAUUAACAAAUUUUCUAUUAAAUGCCCUGAGUGACAAAACCAGUUGGCAAUAAUAUUGCCUCAUUAAAUCUUCAAAAA